GCCUGUGUGUCGCGAGCAGAAUAUUCUGGGCAAAACGCUCCGCAGUCGUCUGUCCCGCGGGCUGCGCGUGAUGUUUCGGAGCCCUCGCUCACUCACCCCCGAUCCUGAGCGGUGAAGCGGACGUUCGCGAUGCAGACUCUCACGCCUCGCGUGUUCUGGGCGCAGAGGCACGGCGACGUUUACCUGCGAGUGGAAAUAAGUGACGCGAAGAACCUUGACAUCAGCAUACAAGAGAACAUACUCCACUUUAGAGGUCAGGGUCAUGGGGCAAAAGGAGAAAAUGAAUAUGAAUUCAACUUGGAGUUUCUGAAACCAGUAAAAUCUGAGAUAAAACACAAAUCCACCCAGCGGCAGGUGAAUAUUACAGUGAGAAAACUAGAGCGUUGCUGGUGGGGUCGCCUCACCAUGCAGGAGAGGAAACCUGGCUUUCUGGCCCCUGACUUCGACCGCUGGCUGGACGAGUCGGAUGCUGAGAUGGAGCUAAAAAAGGAAGAGGAAAUAAAUAAAGUGACCUUCGAGUCAAGAAUUCCAAAGGACCGUUACUUGGGCUUGAAGAAAGGAUAUCUCUUUACGUACAAUCUGGUCCAGUUUCUAGGGUUCUCCUGGGUAUUUGUCAACAUGACUGUGCGUCUUUUCAUACUUGGGCAAGAUUCUUUCUAUGAUACCUUCCACACCAUUGCUGAUGUAAUGUACUUCUGUCAGAUGCUAGCGAUUGUUGAGAUGAUCAACCCUGCUGUGGGGUUGGUGAGGACAGGGCUGAUUCCUGCCUUCAUACAGGUGAUGGGGAGGAACUUCAUCCUUUUUGUCAUCUUUGGUAGCUUGGACGACAUGCAGAACAAACCAGUCGUUUUCUUUGUCUUUUAUCUGUGGAGUAGCAUCGAGAUAUUUAGGUACCCCUUCUAUAUGUUGGCCUGCAUUGGAACAGAAUGGAAACUACUGACAUGGCUUCGAUACACUAUCUGGAUACCUCUGUACCCACUAGGUAUUUUGGCUGAAGCUGUGGCUGUAAUUCAGUCCAUCCCCAUCUUCAAUGAGACGAAGUUCUUAAGCAUCCGUCUGCCUGAAGCACUGGGGUCAUCGCUCAGCUUUUCCUACAUCCUGCAGCUCUACCUGCUGCUCAUGUUCCUGGGGAUGUUCAUCAACUUCCGUUACCUCUAUAAGCAGAGAAGCAGACGGUUUCGGACAAAGAAGAGGAAGAGCAACUGAGGUCUUACUCUAAAGGAACACCCAUGUUUCAUCUUCCUGUCUUUAUUCAACAUGUCUGCGUUAUAGUACUAAGUUUGUUUUUCUUCACUAUCCAAUGCUUCCCUUAAAAAAAAGUUUUGUUUUUUUUUAAUAUGAAGGCGUCAUUAUCGAAGCCUGUUCCUCCUCUGUCCAAACCAUACAAAAAUGUGUUUAACAGGACCCAAGCCUGUACAUGAUACAUAAUCACUGAAAUGCAGUGAUUAUGUAUCAUGUACAGGCCUGGGUCCUGUUAAACACCAUGGAAAAUGAUUUUCUUAAUUAAUUCUGGACAGACCUGUGUAAGUAUUUAUAUAUGUAAUUUGUCAUUUCCAUUAUGAGAAGUAUGUCUUAUAGGUGGGGUUUUUGAUGUUGAUGUAGACUUGUGGCAAGAAAAAUUCAGUAUCGUUAUCUUUUCAUUAGUUCCUUGAGUCUCAGUAUUGUCAUCGGUGCUGAACACAUCAGACAAAGUGUCAGUGAGAUCAGAGACCUCAGGGACAGUGAAAUUUCAAAACAGUAGAAACCCUCAGUAGUGGCAACAAGCUGCUGCAGCUUGUUACUGAAUGACAUGCUACUGACAGUGGUUAUUCAAAUAAAGAUUUCCAAGUAA